AUGUCCAACAGAAUCAAUGCUUCCACUACCGCCACCCAAGAUCUUUCCAGACCAGUCUCAUCCUUAUCUACUCUAGACAAAACGCUUUCCCUCAUCUCUCGAUCGUUCUCAGAUCCAAUUGGAGCCCUCAGAUGGCUGUUAGGUCAACCUGCGUCCCAUUCCAAUACGAUCAAUGAGAUCGACUAUGACACAUUACUUGCAGAGAUGCGAGAAUUACGUCUGGCUUCGGAGACCUAUGAAAGACUUUCAGAAGAUACGACAAAGGAUUAUACCGCUCUAUAUGAAAAGUUUCAGAAUUUAGAAGAAGAGAACGAUAAUCUACGCCAAAGUCAGUCCACGUCUCUAAAUUCCGAUCCAGGUGAGGGGAGGCAGAUGGUGAGCUCUCACAAUUACACUAGACCAUGGCGAGGAGUGGGUGAUUCGGCUUUUGAAAGAGAUUUGAAGAACGAGGGAAGGGAGGUGGAGAGAGACGAAUGGGGGUUGGCGAAAUUGGAUUUGAAAGGUGAUCCAAUAGCCUUGAGACCACAAGAAGAUAAGAAAGAUGAGGAGAAAGACGAAGACGAUGCUGAUAUUAUCUCUUCCGAAGGACAGGAACGAGAACGAGAAAAUGAAUCGGGACAAGGUGGAUUAUCGGAUGUUCAACUGAAAAGUUUGAUUUCAAAUGCCAGAAAAAUCGAUCAUCUCAUCACAUGCACCAUUGGAUCGAUCCAAUCCCAAAUCACAGAAGAGCGAUUGAAAAUGAUGGAUCAAGAUGAAAUUACCAAGAGAGUUCUUGGUGAUUCGUAUCAGGUCUAUAAGGUCAAAAAUGAUCCAUUGUCUAAUCCUAAUUUGAAUGAAGGUGAACUAAGAAGAUUCGUUGAAGAAUUUCUAAGCGAUAGUAUUAAACACUGGUUCGAUUUUGAUAAUAAAAUAUCCCUCAAUCACAUACUCGACGGAAGUUCGCUCAAAAGUACUUCUGAAAUCCAAGAAGACGGGGUACAUGUAUUUCUCUCUAGUUCCAUACAGUCCAACGACCCUACCAGUGAUAGUACGAGCCAGAUAUAUGAAAGGGUAAUUAGUCUACCUAAGUUCCAUACGUCCCAAGCAAGAGAAUACUUUUCAGAUGCCGAGAGAUAUUUUGAAGGUGAGACAGCCAAUAGAUUGACUGAGAGUGUGAUUUCUCAAGUUCAAUCACAUCUACCUUGCGAUAUCCCUUCCGACGAAGGUGCAAAAUGGCAUAAAGAUACGAGAAAAGUUGUGAGGAAUUAUAUCACUGAUGUAAUGAUUCAAGAGAGGGGAAAGAGGGAAUUGCAAGGUAGAGUAGGUCAAGGUACACAGCGAUCCAUCUCUAUCGAGGUCUCUCCCAUCAAUCCCGCCCCUCCAGAGAGUCAGGUGGGGAGUGAUAGUAAGGCGGGAACAACAACGGUCCUGUUGGCCUGGAGGUCCUUAGAUGGAUUUUUUGAGAAACUUCCAUCCCCAAUCCAUCUCACUAUUGAUCCGUACCAACACUCGGAAGAUCAAGGAUCUCACGUGUUGGAAGAGAACAAGCCUGCUAAGGGAAGACGAAAGACGUAUAAGUUGAUGAAUGGGAGAGCUGUGAGGUUUAUGGAAUUUGAGGAGAAGCACGAUCCGAGUGAGGCGGAAUGA